AUGAAGAAACCUGAAUGGUAUACGGAUGCUCAAGAUUACUGGAAAAACGUACCACCUACAAUCGACGGCAUGCUUGGUGGAUUUCAAGCGAUUGAUCCCAUUGAUGUUAAGGGUUCUUUAGAAUUCAUCAAGGAAUAUGUCGAAAAGGGUAUUAUCACUACAGAAUAUGCAUGCGAUUGUGGAGCAGGCAUUGGUCGUGUUACGAAAAACUUUUUAUUACAAGUGCCUUUUGCAAAAGUGGAUCUUGUCGAACAGACAGAAUCCUUUGUAGAACAAGCCAAGGCGAGUUAUUUGGCUAAAGAAAUAGAACAAGGAAAGAUAGGACACGUGUUUUGUCAGGGCUUACAAGAUUUUACACCAGAGGAAGGCAAAUAUGAUUUGAUAUGGUGUCAAUGGGUUCUUGGACAUUUGACAGAUGAACAUUUUGUUGAUUUCUUUAAGCGAUGUAUCAAGGGAUUGAAGCCUGAUGGAUUAAUUGGAGUGAAAGAGAAUAAUGCGUCAAAGGAAGCGCUGUUUGAUGACGAAGACAGUAGUGUGACAAGACGUAAUGAAGAAUUAAAGAAAUUAUUUGCAGAAGCAGGAUUAAGAGUGAUUAAAGAGGAUGUUCAAAAAGGUCUUCCUGCUGGUUUAUUUGCAGUUCGAAUGUAUAUGUUAAAGCCAGAGUAA